AUGAACAUUUCACCUAGAUUCAAAGUCAAAUUUACAACGGAGGAAAAUGAGCUCAACAACAAAAACUGCGGCGUUCAUUUCCUAGGACAGCCACUUCAGAAAAAUCGUCUGGUCAAAAAGUCUUACGGAGGCCGAGAGUUUGAAGAAAAUGAGUAUCCUUGGACUGUAGUGUUGGCACAUGAAGAGGCGGCCUGCAGUGGUGUUCAGAUAUCUCGACGACAUAUUCUAACAGCUGCUCACUGUGUCUUGCACUUCGACGAUGAAAAGAGCCACGAGUUGUGCGCCAUUAACCAGUCACAGAGCAUUGUUUCUGCCCUAGCGGAUCCAGAAGAGAUGUCUGUUCUCAUAGGCGGAGGAAAAAUGUAUUGCUACACUAAUCCUUGCCAACACAAUAAAACUCUGUAUAAAGCGAAAAAGAUCAUAUCAAAGGAAUUGAACAUGUGUGAGAAAAAUGAUGAUUUGGCCCUCAUCGAACUCACCCAAAAUAUCUCGGAAAGAGACUCGACACCGAUUUGCAUGCCCGAAGUUGACUUGCAGCUGAAUCCUGUCCUAUACGCAAGCGGCAUCGGAUUGGAUCCUUCAAGCCCUAUCACUUUUGAUAAUCCGAAUGGCGAUCAAGCGCAUGGACAGCAAGUAGUAGCACUCCGCUAUUACGCAGUCGAUCAGUUACUGCAACAAAUUCAAACGAAGACCUUUGCGAAAGCAAUAUGUCAAGGAGAUAGUGGAGGUCCACUGUUUCAAAUUGACGAAGAUGGACGCCACAUCCUUGUGGGAAUCACUAGCCACAUGCUUAGAAAAUGCACUCAUCACAAUGAAAAUAUGAUAAAUGUUUUUACUGACGUUCGUGCGAAUCUGGAUUGGAUCUGCAAAUACUCAGGUCACAAAAAGAUGACGUAUCCAUUUUGA